AUGGCUCUACGAACGAUCAAGACACACGUGCAGAAAGGCUUCAAGUGGUUCUUUCCCGAGCCUGAGAGGGCAGAGGAUGGCCGUGACCAAUGGCCUUCACGAGCAGCUUUCUUGCUUGCGGCCAUGGGUGGUUGUGCCGGUCAGGGCAAUCUUCUUCGUUACCCUUCGGUCGUAUACAACAACUACGGCCUACAAUGGUUCAUACCAUAUCUCCUCGCCGUAUUCCUCAUCGCUAUCCCAGCCCUCGUCCUCGAAAUUUCAAUCGGUCAAGCCUACCGUGGAGGUAGUGUCAUUGCCUUCAACAACAUCAACCGACGUCUCAAAGGUGUCGGCAUCGGCCCCGUCUUUGUCAGUCUCAUUGUGGUUCAGUAUUUUACUGUCAACCUCGCUUGGAUCAUGAAUUACUUUCGCAAUUCCUUCACGAGUCCGCUGCCUUGGGAAAACCGUAUCGAGGACUUUUACAACAAUGAUGUCGUUGCGAAUCCAGCGCCCAUCUCUGGGAGCCUUACCAACGGGGGCAGGGACGUUGCAUCCUACACCAGCUAUCCUGCUGUCGGCUUGAUUGGAGAGACCGUCGGAUGGAGCGCUUUCAUCUGGUUUCUGAUCUGGUUCUCCAUCUUCCGUGGUGUCGGCAUGACUGGGCGAGUCGUGUACUUUACCAUGGGUCUGCCUAUCAUAACCACAAUCAUUUUUGUCGGGCGUGCCCUCUCGCUAGACAACGCUGGUGCUGGAGUCAAGCUUCUCUGGGGAACGUGGAGAGGAGAUCAACUUGCUUCUGGCACCGUCUGGCAGACUGCCGUCGGACAAGUCUUUUUCUCGACUGGCAUUGGUUUUGGCUACUUUACAUCGUAUGCUUCUUACAACCAAAAGCACUCGAACGCCGUGAUGGAUGCUGUCCUCAUCUGCGGCAGUAAUGUCCUUUUCGAGAACUUUGCCGCCUUUGCCAUCUUUGGUGUGGUCGGCUUUCUUCGACGUUGGCCAUCGCCAGAUGAGCGCCUAGGAGCUUUUGUGGUCGGCUUCCUUACUCUGCCCGAAGCAGUGCUUCAAAUGCCUGGAGCCAACUUUUGGGCUGUCUUGCUGUUCCUGACUUUGAUCGUACUUGGUUUCAGCUCUGCCUUUGUCAUGUUGGACGUUGUUGCUACUCUACUCGUUGACUCUGGUGUCAAAUACUCGCGUCCCGUGAUUGUGACUGCCCUUACGCUUGUCUCAUUCUUGAUGUGUCUGCCUUACUGCACCGAGUUCGGGUACUACCUGCUUGACGGAGUCGAUCGCUGGAUCAAUAAUAUCGCCCUCAUCUUUGUCGUCUUCUGCGAGGUCGUCAGUGCUACGACUGUGUAUCGCUGGACCGAUGUGACUGGUCAAGUCGGUCUGCCUGCUUUCAUUGUUUACAACCUUGGAUACUUUGGAGGUCUGCUCACUGGAGUGACCGUUGCUCACGGUCUUGAAAGCGCAGGUCCUGGCGCUGGUGCCGGGUUUGGCUUCUUCGUUGCUUGCACUGUCAUCGCAGGUGUCAUCGCAAAACCUUCUGGAUCGCACAGUACUGGAACCAUGUCCCUGAUUAGAGGUCGACUCAGCCAGCUUUGGUAUCUAGCGUUCUACUCCGGUAACCAACUCCGCCGCGACCUCAACAUCGUCGUCGGCAGCGGCAAGAACUGGAAAAUACCUUCCUUCAUGCCUGUGCUGCUACGCUAUGUAUCUGGCCCAGUCCUCGCCAUCAUCUUUAGUUUUGCAUUUCCUGAGUUCCACUCGCUGAGAUAUGAUCCCAUGAUGAUCACCGGCUUUAUCCUUUCUAUUCUGGGAAUGGUUGGAGUCUUGCUUGGUUUCGUCAUGCCGAGAUACUACGAUGUGUUUAUUCCGAUUGAGCGGCGUGAUGAAGGCAUGCAGAAGACUGUGCUCAAUGUGCCGAUUGAACAGAUCGAUGCGAUCUCGGUCUCUAACAGUGAUGAUGGGGUUGAGGGUGGGAGAGAAAAGUCUGUCGCUGAAGGAGUCGGAGAGGGAGAAGGAUCUCCGACCCUGAGAGCGGAGAGAGUGAAGUAG